AUGACAAUAGUCUCCACAGAGAUUUUCACUACCACAAGCACUACUACGACUACGGACAUAAUUACGGAUACUUUCACAGACACAAUCACAGACACAAUCACGGAUACUGUCACGGAUACUGUCACGGAUACUGCCACGGAUACUACCACGGAUACUACCACGGAUACUACCACGGAUACCACCACGGAUACAGCUACUGUCACGACUGCAGAUACGACUUCGGAUACAAUUAUCGUGCCAACAACCAUCACAGCAGCUCCAAAUCCAUGCCCGACCACUUGUAGCAUUACCUCACCAUCCGUCUACAUGGUCGUCAACACCAUCUAUGGCUACAACACUGCCGGUCGCACAGGGCCCUCUGGUACCAGUGUAGUAUUCCCCCUCGACUUGAAUCAAGUCUCGACCAUAGAUAUCGUCAAUUCAGCUACGCGACAACUCACGCUGACUGACCUCGGUACCGACUGUCCUCAGUCAGAAGAUCCUUCAGUUAUCGCGACGGCGGCGCCCAACGGUCGGUGUGACCCUAUCCUUGUGGCUCCGGAGCCUGUUAAAUCUUGGGCUUCACCUUGCAACGCAUGUGGUCCUUUCGGGCUGUUCGAUCCACCAUAUGCCGUGUCGCCGCUCGCUGGAGGUCUGGUGCCGGCGACUACGACGGUUGCGAUGACACAGCCAGAGACUACUUCCAGCGUAGUUUCUGCUACUGAUCCCACCACCAUGAUGUCGGUAACUACUGACUCCACUUCCUCCAGUUCAGAGACUAGCUUGCCUGUCACGGCGUCCUCUCCGUCUAGCGUGGUGACCACGUCCUCUGACACGAAAGACUCUUCUGGUCUGGUGCCAACUCCGGUGUCAUCUAGCACUGACAGCGCCUCCACUGCUUCAUCAUUGUCUUCUAGCUCUGUCUCGACUCCGGCUGCUACUUCCUCGUUGUACAAUACUGCGAUCAAAGCAACUGGGCGUGGUGGAUUGUUGGGGUUGAGCUUCUUCGUAUUAGCAUUCUUGCUGUAA